UCUGGAAGUCCCUGAAAGAGAAUUGGACGUGUUUUUUUUUCGCCCGUCUUGAUUUCUGCGUGAUUCCAGAGUUCCUGCAGCUGUGUGCGUAUUGACGCCAUGUUCAGCUUCAUUAUAGUGUCUACUAUCUUUCUGUUCGGCCUCGCCGCCAGGAUUUUGGGCUCCAUCGGCAAUGCGUUGAACGCCGCCAUCGGAGUCGAGAGAUGUGAAGUUAAGAUUCCUCCAUUCGUGGACCCGCCCAAUGUGCCUCUUCAGGAGGCUGUCAAGAAGAAAGCCCGGCGUAGUGACUUGAACGGGCCUACCGACAAUGCGGACACGCCGAAGAACAAACUUGCAGAGCCCGACAAACCCAGCGCCUCUGUGCGGGCUCCCGGUACGGCCAACAACGGCAACCGAAGGGAACAUUCGGCGGCAUGA